AUGGCGGACCUCACCAAGAGCGACGUCUCACGUCCGUCCGCUCUUCCCACCGCACGGCUCCUCCAGCGGCCCUCGCAGCCCCUCAUCGACCAAGACUCGAAUGACUACCUCGACAACGUAGAAGAAGAAUGGAACAAGCGUGUCGACGUUGAAAUCGAGACCCUCGUCGACAGCAUGGUCGACAUCGUCUCCCUCGCCGCGAUUGGCGACAAGGACAAGUUCCGCAUCGCCGAGGAGGCGUUUCAGGCGCAGUGUCGCGCGGAGUCUAUGAUCCGCGCGGCGAACUCGCUCAUGUCGACCAUCCACUCCAUGAAGCUACUCCUCCUACUCUCCGACGAGGCGCAGAUCGUCAAGCGGCGCGACGCCGAGUUGCGGAGCGUACAGGCGGAGAAGACGGAGGCGCAGAAAAAGGUUGCUGCGUUGCUUGACGAGUUACUC